AUGGUGUUUUCUGGAACGAAUCAAACGGCAGGCAAGAUGGCAAAUCGAGACACACGAAGCCAGGGUACUGUGGACAGUGCCGUGUGGCCCGUGGAGAUUUACCUCUGCGGUGGAGCAUGGCUUUCUUUCUUUUCUUCUUCCUCGUCUUCUUCAUAUUCCUUGGGCUCUGAUGUCAGCAUCUCUGUCCAACCUGAUCCAGAAAAAAGGCAGAAGAGUAAAAACAGUCCAGUUCGAAGGAGCAGGGAGCAGAAGGAAAAAGAAACGAAAGCAAACACAGUUCAACAAGGGAAAGGGAAAGUUAAUGCUGGUCAAGUCGGCCAGGCUUCGAGUAUUACAUUAUGCAAGAUGGAUGUUGGGUGUGCAUGGUUGUAUACGGAGCAUCGAGCAUCAAUCUCUGAGUGA